AUGGCUGAAGAGUGCUUCAACCAGUUCCGUACCAACCAUCUGCAAUAUCUCCCGUUCGUCUAUAUUCCUCGUGACAUGACAUCUGGUCAGUUGCGGGAUAGAUCUCCGUUUUUCUGGAUUUGCAUAAUGGACGUGCUCACCCCUCAGAAUACGGAGAAGGGUGAUUCUUUCAAGAGAAUCACUAAUCAUAUUCACCAAAGAGUGAUGAUUGACCCUGAAGCGAGUAUGGACCUUCUCCUUGGAAUGAUCACCUUUAUCGCAUGGGGCAUAUAUUCAAAAAAGCCUUUUCUCAACUCAUAUGUGCAUAUCCUGAUGGGGGUAGUCGCUGAGUUAGGUAUCAACCAAUCCGCUCUAGGGGGGGUCUCUAUCAUGCAAGACUUCAAAUUUGCCAUUGGAAUGAAGCGAAAUGAAUCUGGAAUCAGAACGCUCGAAGAGAGAAGGGCAGUUCUGGGCUGUUUCUUGAUUUCAUCCAGCGCCGCCUGUUCAAUGUCCAAAAUCGACGCUAUGCGGUGGACGCCGCUAAUGGAGGAAAGCCUCUCAGUGCUCACCGACGCCAAAGAAUCUCCAGAAGAUGAGGUACUGGUCGUAUUGGUCAAGAUAUACCUAGUCCUGGACAGAAUGCACCAACUUCGACGCGACGGCGAGCCAAUCAGCUCACCAGCUUUUUAUAUGAGUGCUCUCAAAAUGCAGCUUGACGCCGUUAAGCAACAAAUACCACCACACUUGAUACAAAACAGAGCAAUACGAAUGUACCUCCAUAGUGCCGAGUUCACAAUCAAUGAAAUGGCCCUCGGGCCUUCCGCCAUUCUGCAUUUACCUGAUCUUCAGCGUCUCGACUGCUUAUUCACCUCUCUCCAAGCAACAAAGUCCUGGCUCGACAUUUGGCUAGAUCUCGCGGCGGUCGAAUAUAUGAAAGUGCCAUCUAUAAUAUUUUUCCAGUGGGCAAGGGCCAUCCUCAAUCUAUACAGACUCACCAUCCUGGAAGACCCAACUUGGAGCAAGUCUGUGGUUCGAGAUACGGUGAACAUACUCGAACAUCUAAACAAAGCCAUCAUGGCGAUCAAAUGCUACCCAGAGUUUCUCAAAUUUGACCAAGGAAAAGAGGUCAACGUACUCGAGAAGGGACUGAGGAUGAUGGAAGCGCUGAAGUGUAAUUGGGAGCCCAAGUUAACUGACCUAUGGGGAAUACGUGCCAAUGAUAACUCCGAUAGUAUGGUCCAGUCUGAUGAUAUCCUGCCUCCGGGAAUGACUUUGCCUCAGAUAGAUGACAGUUGGAUGAUGGAGUUUUUGGGAUCUUUGUGA